AUGCCCUUCUCUGGUACAUUUCGCUGCACCUUCUGCCAGACGGAGGUAGAAGAGGAUGCGUCGGUGUGUUCUGACGGCAGGACACAGGUGGCACGCUUCAACGAGCAGAUCGAACCCAUCUACGCAUUGCUACGCGAGACCGAAGAUGUCAACUUGUCCCAGGACCUGCUGGAGCCGGAGCCCGCUGAGAUCCCCGCCCUCAGACAGAGCCGGGAACGUGCUGCAUUAGCCGCUGGAAUGACUGGUCCGCACCGUGAAGCCUGGUCCAACAGAGGCUCGUCCUACGGUGACCUGUACACCCAGAAUGUGGUGAUCAGCAUGGAGGAGCAGGAAGAGCAGCAGAGACUGGCCAAUGAAGGCAAGGCGCCCAAGGAGAGGCCCGUAUGGUUGACCCAGAGCACCGUGACGGGCGCUUACAGCGAGCCAGAAGUCAUCAAGAGCCGAGACGACGUGGUACCCGUAGCCCCUGAUGGAGCACCUGCUGGAAUGGAUCAGUCAGAUGAAAAUGAGGAAGUGAUGCGCGCCCUGCUCAUCCAUGAGAAGAGGGGUGCAGCGGCAGUGGGAGGAGCUGGAGGUGGAGCCAGCUCUGCCACCAAGAGUCGUUCCUCUGGAAAGGCUAACGCCAGCGACUCGGACAGCGACACCAGCGAAUCGGACGACGACUCUCCCGCAGUUCCUCCAAUCGCGUCAGCUGCUAAGUCUCGGGCCGCAGAGGAGGAGGAAGAUGACGAUGAUGAGUUUGAGGAUGUGGGAGAUGAGCCGAUGGUGAUGGUGGGGGGUCGGCAGUACUCCUACCGGGAUGUCAGCCAGAGGCCAGAGCUGGUGGAGAAGAUGUCUGCACAAGAGAAGGAGGCCUACAUUGAAAAGGGACAAAGCCUCUUCCAGGACAUGUACUUCUGAGCAAAUACACAUAUUAACACACAACAAUUUUGGGCAAAUGAGUGUACUCUCACUUUGUGAACACUGGGGAAGUGUUAUGUGGACACGAGUUCUAAGAAGAAUGCAAGAUGCUGCUCAAAGUAUUUACAGUUCAAUUGAUGCUCUGACGGUAUAAAAACCAAGGAGAUGCUCGGACAGUGUUGCCUUUCACACCUUUAGUAUUCUGUCUUAAGUGUUUUUGUCACAGUAAGUGAACACAAGUGCCAAUUUAUGUUUGUGUCUGUUUUAUUUUCAUUUCAGUUGGACACCGUCUAUAUCAGUCAUGUUUUCCUAUCACAAAUCUCUCAUGCUUCUCACCGGCCAGAUUCGGCUGUUUUUUUUACAAAACAAGUGUAUGUUAUCACUUCAAGUCUGGAAGUGUAUUGUUUUGACUUGACUCGACAGUAUUGUUUUGACUCGACAGCAGUUCUAUGGUUGAAAGCAGGCAGUGUGAGACUGAAGCUGCUGCCGCUCGCACUACUCUGCCCGUGGAGCAAGGUGUUUCUGGCUGAAUACUCCAUCUGUCUGGAACAAGGUCAGACUGGAUUUAAAAGCACAUCUCAGUGCUCAAUGUAUAGUACAAGAGAAACUAGAGAAUAUUGGUUAACUGUUAUGGUUUGAAGCAAAGAAAAAAUGUAAUUCUGAACAAUCUUUAAUAAAAAGAUACAGGACCAGGCAUAUGUAUGGACGUAUUCUACAUAUACUAAAGCUUUGUCUACCUGCAGCAUAUACACUUACAAGCAAUUUGGAAUAUAACAGUUAAAGGGCACUGUGACAUUCGUCUUCUUAGAUAGUGAACAACACAGUGUGAAUAACAGGAAUACUAAAUGAUCAGCAAACUAUAUCUGUCACUGACAAAGAUAAGGUAAGAGGUCAGUCAUUUAGAAUUACAAUUUUUUUCAUUCUUAAUUAUUUUAAUUAAUGUUAUUCUCAUUUAAAAUACAUUAUUUUCUGUUGGCUUUUGUUCUCUGCAGUAUAAUGCCUCCCGCUACAUGUCAUGAGGCUUAUGUUCCCACCACAUUUCUCUGACUAAUAGACACAUUAUUAUGAUGCUCUCAUUACAGUCUGGCACCAAAAUCCUUUAUGUUCAAAUCAUUACUGUUAAAUAAUUAUUUAGCCCUCAGGGGGUUUUGCAGUAUUUGUGUGUUCUCAAUUAAGGUUUAACAAUGUAUUUCUUAUUAAAAGGUAUGUGUUCCACAACAGAACUUAAAUGACCAAUAGAAAGACCAACCUAACUACUACCCAUUAGUACUGAAGCCUAUCCAAAUCUAGCUUAAGCUAACUGUAAUUAAGGAUGGGACGGCUUACUAUGGAGAUACAUAACUUAAUCAAGACAUGUUGAAAGUGUAAACAUUUAAAGAGAAAGGGAGGCAAAAAAUCCUGCACCACCAAAAGAUGAAUAGGCUUUUGGAAAAAAAAGAACAUUCGGUGGCAUUCCUCUCCACGGUCAUAUCCUCCCAGUGAGACCUUCCCCAUCUCAACGGGUCACAUCCAGGUGACAAUUAUUCAUUGAGGCAGUCCCUACUGGGCAAACACGCUCUCAGCACUGCAGAUGUACUCCACCAGGAUAUAGGGUAUUUUGGUAUGUGGCUUUUCAAAUAAUCACUGCUUUGAUUAAACCAUAAUAACCAAAGGCACAGGGUCACCUUCUCAUAAUGGCAGCAGUUUAAUCUGAAAGGCGAAGUCUGAAUACAGACAUGGGUUUAGCAUUUACAGAAAACAGCCGAUUUCAAAUAAAAUGUUAAAUGUUACACCUGUCAAGGUUCCCAAUAGUGAGAAAUCACUCCUAGUUUCUUUUUAGCUUCAGUCACCAUAAUUUGCUGUUUCCGUAUCACAUCAAUCUUCACUAGGGGUGCAAAGGACUGGAAAAGCAGGAAUAAUUGACUUCAUUUUUAAUAUAACAUAAUUAAGAAUAAUUGUAUUUGGGGGGAAAUUACACAAAAAAAGUGUUUUAAGACAUAGCAAAAAAGGAUAUAACUAAAAAAUGAACUCUUGUUAUUCCCAUGGAAGCUUUUGGCAUUUUCAGAAUGUUGAUUACUCUUAUCUUAACAAAUCUAGAGCAUGAUUUUAUUUAAGUCUCUUUUUUUCUCGU